CGGUCUGUGAAAGAACACGACAGAUGCGUGCAGAGAGGCAGAACGAGGUGUGUGUGCGUGCGAGACAGAGAGAGAGGACGGCUGAGAAAGUGAAAGCAAACUAAAUUACAACCGUCUGAUACUGAAGGGUAGAGCUGUGAAGCCCGCCCCCAAAAACCACUCACGCCCCCCCUCCUGAGGGACAGAGCGCGGUCUGAGUCCAGGAAACUGGGGACACUCGCCGGCGGCUGUCGCCAUCUGACCUGACAGGGGGGAUACAAUGGAGCUCUAGCACCAGACAGCAGCUGUACCCUUGGACGCUGUGUGCCACCUCUGCUGGUCCUCUGCAACCACCAGCAGCCCCCCCCCCCCCCCCCAUUCUAACCUGGCCCAAGGAUGGGGACACAGAGUGGCAUCCCAGCUUAACCCCGGUACAAUGCCAGCUCCUGCUGUUGGCGGGUUUCUGCUGCCCUGGGGAACCAGGCUGUGAGCGCAGGAGUCGGUGACAAGAUGACGGCUGGACUGAUGGUUUUCACACUGCUCCUAAACCCCGUCCUGACCACCCCAUCUCAGAACAAAGCUGUCUCAAGGAGGAUAGAAGAAACUGACUGUAACUGCGCCUUCAAAAUGCCCACUCCAAUGGAGACAAGGUGGACAGGUGGCAAGACCUGGGCCGGGGGCUUUCACCUACAGGAGAUGGCAAGCUCUGGGUCAAAGUGCAAGUGUUACUGUGGGGUCGACCCAUGUGAAUACAAGAAUGAGCGUGGAGCAGCAAAGGCGAAGGUAGAAGUCUCAGAUUUGACAACAAUCCAGUCACUGGCUAUUGACCUCCAGGAGAUCUUUGACAAUGAGGAGACCAAGAGACUAAACUCGUACUCGGCCAAACUCAACAGCCAACUGAGGAAACUGGAGAAGAGGCUGGAACGUAAUGUUCCCAGUGUCAACGCCCUACUGAGAGAGACUUUUGAGACGAUUGUUCAGCAUCGUUCCAUCUACCAGAACUUCUCCACCGCCAUGAGAGAUGUGAGGAAGGAGAUUAGCAAACUCAACUUCCUACUGCGGAAGCAGCAGCCUCUCCCACUCGAUAAAGGCACAAAGAAUGUGGUCAGGCUGACCCCAAGCAAGUCAUUGCCCAUGAAUAGGAGCAUGUCAAAGGUCGGCAGCAUAAAUCACCAACUCAGACCUCAGAGCCCUGCUAGCACAAAGCCCAGGACCAGACUGCACAUACCCACUUCUCAGCCUUCAGUACCUCCUCCUGAGACGGCAAACGGACAAACUUCAGACGAGUACAGAAACAUGAUUCGGGAAGACAGCUGUGAUGGAACUCCUGUGAUGAUCAGAGGCCCAAAGACACACAGCAGCUCUGGGCGUGGGGAAGGCGUCUGGAUGAAGGACUCUGUGAUCAAUCAGGACCGGGUCUAUGUGGCCAACUAUUUCUUCGGCACCACCUUGAUCGAGUUUCGUAACCUGGAGUAUUUCAAACUGGGCCGCUGGAGCAACACGUACAAGCUGCCGUCGAGCUGGAUGGGGACUGGGCACGCCGUCUACAACGGCUCCUUCUACUACAACAAGGCGUACACGCGGAACCUGAUCCGCUUUGACCUGCGGCUCCGGGCGGUGGCGAGCUGGACCGCGCUGGACGAGCUGGGCAGGGGCUCCGGCGGCGACGGCACCUUCCGCUGGAAGGGCUACUCCGAGGUGGACUUCACGGUGGACGAGGGCGGCCUCUGGGUGGCCUACUUCUCCAACGACUUCGGCUACCUGUCCGAAGAGGUGCUGGUGCUCAGCCGCCUGGACCCCGUCGACCUGACCGCCCGGAAAGAGACCACUUGGAGAACCCCGCUCCGGCGCGCCUCCUACCGCAACUACUUCCUGAUCUGCGGCGUCCUGUACGCGAUGGGACUGCGGGGCCAGACGGAGGGCACUGUCAGCUACGCCUUCGACACCCACACCGGCUCCGAGUCAAACCCAGGGCUGAGAAUUCAAAGCAAAUACUCUUACCUCACCCAGAUAGACUACAACCCCAACGACAAGCUCCUGUACGCUUGGGAUAAUGGAUUCCAAGUCACUUACGAUGUGAUGUUUACUUACUGACGCCAGCCCCCUCCCCCCCCAGUCCGAAUCCCAAUCGCAGUGUGGGCUGAGAUCUUGCUCCAGAAAUAGAGUUUUAUGUUUUGUUUUGCACUGGACAUGGGCUCUGACUACUCAGCUCAGAGCCAGUCCCUAGACUGAGGAGACCUUCUGAACCGCCUGUUUAUUCAUUUUUGUUCUAAUGUUUAAAAACCAAACGGAAAUAACUGCACAGAAGCCAGUAUCUCGCCAGCAAUUCACUCUUUAUUUACAUGUGCACAAUAAGUGGGCUCUGACCCUCACAAUAAGUGAGCCAGGCCCUGGACUGAGGAGACCUUCUGUUGUUUUUUCUGAGGAAACUGCUGUUUAUCUUUUUCAGUAUUCCGCCACGCUACCAGUGUGCAUCAAUAGUGCUUAUUUCACCCACACAGUGUGUGCGAUACCCUGUAUAUAUGCAGUGACUCAGCAAAGACACCAUUGUGUAAAUAAAUUUUAUUCAAUAUUUUCAUCACCAUCACACAUGCGGCCAGUGAACCAGCAACAUGUAGUUUCAUAAUUCAGAAGCCGGCUAAUCUAGCCUUUCCCAUUGCUUUUAUGUCCACCCCACACCCUCCUCUCCAUCUCAACAACCAACAUACUGAUACGUUCAACCCAUCUCUUCAGGGAUGUUAAGACACACGCACGGCGAUUGAGAAGUAUUUCGGGCCAGGGCUGGAAAAUGCAAUUAGAAUAGUCAGGUGUUUGUUUUUAAACUGGUGCACGUUCGACGGGCCGAACAGCUUUUUAGUUCCCAUGCUCUGGACUUCAGAAGCAGGUGCUCCUUUAUGAGUCUCCUGGCUCAGAGGUAGGGACAUGAUCACAGUGCCACAAGAGCCCCCACCCCUCCAACAAACAUACUCCCUCCACUCUUCCUGUGCUACUUUGGAUUUGCUGUAACUGUGUCGAUACUGUCCACCUUAAGUCUCACAACAUGGAAACAGACCUUUCAGUCCAUCCAGACUACGUUCCCAAACUUAAAUAGUCCCACCUGCCUGCACUUGGCCCUUAUGCAUCUCAAUCUUUCCAAUAGCUGGAUAGGCCGUCCUGAUCGCUGUCGUAUUUGGGGGGCAUGUUAGAGAAACAGGACGGGUUGUCUAAGAGGUGGCCGGAAAGGGCGGGAGGGGUGUCAGGGCGGACCAAGAGCCGGAAAGGCGGGAGGGGUGGGCUGCCUUAGAGUGACCGGAAGGUGGGAGGGACGGAUGGCUUGUUGGUUUGCUGGGGCGGGUCUGUAUUCUAUGCACUGUUUUCUUGAUCUAAUUGGACUGUCUUGUAGGUAUUUGUUACUGUUUUGUGAUGUCUGAAAGUGGGAUUUGAGAUUUGUCCUCAUUUCCCUGAAAACUGGUUAACCGUAGGGUUUGCUUUGCCGCUCCUCUUCCUUGUAAAAUAGCUGUUUCGCUGUAUACAGCAGGUAAUGUUAAUUGUUUUGUAAACUGUAUUGUUUAAUAUAAUAAAAUAAAUCCUUCCUAUCA